GACGAUACGCCAUUGCACCAUCCACAAUGGCUCUCUUUGCCCGCUCCAUGCGGCGCUCGCUGCUCGACACGCCCUCUACAGUAUCCCGCCUCUCCUUCCGCGCCCCCAUCACCACCGUAUCGCACACUCUCGAGACAGGCAACGUGCCGGACCCGCUCAUCCAAUCCGGACAGCACGUCUCGCAAGCAUUGAAAGACAAGGUCGCCGCCGCACCCUCAAUCACAGAAGCGACUCCAGCUCCCUCCUCUGCAGCCUUCAAACCCACCCCCAACUCGCGAGAAGAUAUCGUCUCGAAACACCUCACGCCAUCUAUAAAACAGCUCCUCCCACUUCUACACUCGCAACCAUCCCAUUAUGCUUCUAUCCACAUUCAUGGACACCCAUAUCUUCUCACCGCUGGCGAUACGCUGCGUCUCCCUUUCCUCAUGCCCGAUGUCAAGCCGGGCGACAUCCUGCGGUUGAAUCGCGCCACACACAUCGGAUCCCGCGACUACACUCUCAAAGCGCCGGAACUCAUCAAAGGCAACGCGGACCACGGGAAGAAGAUGUUUUAUCUGGACGAGAGGUUGUUCACGUGCAGGGCGCGCGUUGUGGGUGUCGAGAGCGAGCCGCUGCGAAUUGAAGAGAAGACCAAGAGGAGGCAGCGCCAUGUCAAGCAUGUACGGAGCAAGCACAAGUACACGGUGCUCAAGAUUAGCGAGCUAGAAGUGACGAGCUUACCGGAAUAUGAGAAGCUGGUGAAUAGGGCCGCCCGAUCAGGAAGCGCGGAGUAAAUUUGGGGCGGAUGCAGAAGAGCGCAGGUAGAGGCUGAGUCAAAGUAUCAGGCUUUGCCUGCAUGUGUACAAGUAUAUCCUGGGGUGUAUCAUAUUUUGUAAAACGGUAUCUGGAUGUCGCAUAGCAUGGUACUGAUAGAGCAAUUUUCAUGAAGAAUUCAGAACAUUCAAACACUUUUCCGGACCGCGCGUCCAAUUUACCAUCGCCAGAUGAAUUCCCAACACCCCUUGAGACGAGAGUUGGACUUGGGGCACGAAACACCGGCAUACACAUGAGAUGGCAAUUUCGCCUACCCAACUCUACAAAUACUGCCCUUCAAAAUGCAUACGAAGACUCGUCCACAAAUUAUCGUGUAUUUAUUUCUACAAGCACAUGGACAGGUAUGCUAGCACUCAAGUGCUUGAGACCAACCGCACAUGACCUCGCUGCACACGUCCCCACCAUCUGACUCUCCCCAUCAACACUGAAAUCAACAUCACAUCCCUCAUCAUACCUCCA